UUACGGGUUUUAUCUCAGAAACUGUUUUCCCACGACUGGAAAGAUGAAAUUUUAAUCGCCGGGCUGUGUGAGGCGAGGCGGGCGAGCGGAAGGACCGACGGCGGAGCUUUCAGCCGCCGGCAGCGGGACAACAGAGGGCACCAGAGGCUCCAGCCCGAGGAAGCCAGGGCAUAAAUGAAGAGCUGGUGUUCGCACGAGUUCACUGCUGGGUUCAGCACUGCCGGGCUGUGACAGCCCCGGGACAGCACCGACAGCCCGGCCAGCACGGAUCCCCUUCCCUGCCGAGACGCCGCGGCCUCUGUGCGGACCAGCCCGCCUGACGCGGAGCAGAGACAGCCCAACAUGGAGAACUGCACUGAGAGAGAUGCACGUGGUAGCAUUGUGGUGCUUCAGCUGGUUGUGUACACCCCAGUGCUCGCUCUGGGCAUCCCACUGAAUGCAAUUGCCUUCUGGGUCUUCUGCUGCAAAAUCAAGAGGUGGACUGAGACCAAGGUGUACAUGAUCAACCUCAUCGUGGCAGACACUUCCCUGCUCUUCACCCUACCUUUCCUGCUGUAUUUUACCAAGUACAAACAUCCCAUAGACCAGCUGUGUCUAGCCAUACAAAACAUCUAUUUUACAAACAUGCCUAUGAGCGUCUUUAUCAUCACCCUGAUUGCGAUUGAUCGAUACAUAGCAAUCAAGUUCCCUCUAAAAGCAAAGGUCCUUCGAUCCCCACUGAAAUCGGCUUCUGUCUGUGGCUUUCUUUGGAUAGCAGUGAUAAUUUGUUCCAGUUGGCAUCGCACACGUCACAGUGGCCAGGAAGGUUUUUGCUUUCAGAAACAAUCUCUUCUAUCUAGGUAUUCCUCUUUAUUCUACAGCAUCUGUGGGUAUUUUAUUCCCUUAGGGAUUGUGAUGUUUUGCUCAGUACAAGUCAUCAGAUGUCUAAAAAAGAAGAUGGCCACAGGCCCUCAUGAGACAAAAUUAUUCCAGAAGGCCGUGAAGAUAGUUUCUGUGAAUUUGUGUGUGUUUGCCAUCUGUUUCUUACCUUUCCACAUCUCACUGCUCUUGCGGUUUGCAGUGGAAGGUGCUGGAGCUCAUUCUCUGAUGCCGGGAGUUAAAACCUAUAUUCAGGUCUCUGCAUGCUUAGCAAAUUGUAACUGCUGUCUGGAUGCAUUUUGCUAUUAUUUUGCAGCCAAGGAAUUUCCAGAAUUUUCUUCCAUGUUCCCCAAGUGUGUAUUUAUCAGGUCCAAGAUGAACCAAAGCGAGGAGUCACAGCCACCCACGGAUCAAGUGAUGGUAUGAACAAGGUGUAGCGCACGGAAGGUGUUGAGUGCCACAAAGCUGCUCAGGUUUUGAGGCACAGGCAAUGGAACCACAUACAGCGUUUGCAAUCAUUGUAGGCAUAGGCAUAUGGACAAAAAAGGGCAAACCCCUCCAAAGGGUCUGAUGUUGAUUUGAAUUUUGUCCUGCUGUCCUCAGUGACUUGACUCCAGCUCUGACUACUGUCUUGUAUCGUUUCAUCACAGCUCCAGGCACCUCCUGCUGACAGCUUGUCUUGGUUGGCUUCAUGGUCCUUCACUUUCAGUGUCUUCUGACUUGUAAACCUCUAAAAAAUUUCCUCCUGGGACUGAAAGCUUAUAUUCUGCUGAUGUAAACUUAGAGGCAGUUAACUUCCUUAGUGACAACUGACAUAUAGUUCCCCACAAGUCUGUCACCACGCAGUAGUGACACUGGUUCAGACCACAGUCUGAAACCGCUGACUAGACCUUGGUGAAAUAAACACGCAAAGGACUGUUCCCAGCACGGAAAGUGUCCCGUAUCCAAGCAUUAGAUCCACCUGCUUUGUGUCAAUUCUUGGGCAGACAAUACAGCAGAAGCUACAGUGAGCAACGGCGCCGUAAAAACAGAUGAAACUACUCAGGUCAUUCAGCUGAUAACUCAUGUCCCCGUUUUCUUCACUGGUGUAUUUUCUAAUGUUCUGGCAUUACUGGUAUUUCACUGCAAGCAGAGCAAGUAGCCUGUGUGUGUAUGUGACCAGUUUAACCACUGCACACCGUUCAGUCCUCAUUCUGCCUUCCAAAUGAUCUUUUCAAAGACAGGAAAAGAUAUGGGAGACAAAUAGUGCCCGAUCUUAUCAACCAUCUAUUGCUUAAGGAGGUGUGUGAGUGCUGUCCCCCAUCAACAAAUAUGCUGCAAUUAACUACCCUCAGAAAGCAAGAGGCUUCUUGACAGACAUCUCUUACAAUCCAGACAAGUGGUGUUCAGCAAGGAAAAACACUGCUACUUCAGGGACAGCACAGAGGGCCUUCAAAAACAUUUUUGGACCUAGGAUUCCCUUCUGAGACCUUGCAUCUCAUUGCUUAUAAUGAGUGCCUGCUCCAAAAAGAUUAUGAUGAUUUUUUUAUUAUUAUUUUGAAAAAAAGAGAUGAAGAUUCAUAUCAACCUGUUCACCUGCUGUUAAUACAGAAAGCAAACAACUUGCUUAUUUUUGCAGUCAUGCUGCUGUUUUCUGCUAGUUAACAUGGAGAAUUUGUUCAAUUUCCAAUGGGCUCCAAAUAGGUCAUCUACCCUGAAAUACAGCAAUGCUUUUUAUACAUGUGGCCUCACAUAUAGGUCUCGUAAGUGUUCCUUUUUCUCAUUGUAAAGGGGAAAUUAGUUGACUUCACAAUCUCUGACAUCAUUAAGAUGUUUUUGCUGUUUCCACUGAAUGCGAUGAAAACAGAAAAAAAUCCAUAUUUUUGCAAGUGAAAAUAAAGAUGUGUCAGAGUAACAUAUCUGUAAAUAAAUAUUAAUUUAUUACCAUUAUA